AUCAUGCAGAGAUUGAGACUUACGUCUAUAUAAGACGUGCAUAUUCCUCCGUGAUUUGAUCUCAUCCAACAGCAUCACCAUCAUCAACAGCUCCCAUUCCUCCUUCCCUUCUUUUAGAGACCCCCCUCCCCCUCGUUAAUUCUUUCUUUUGAUCCUAUACAAUAUGUACAAAGCAACUAUUCUUUCGGGCCUCUGUGCUCUGUUCUCUUUGCAGGCUCUUGCCUUUCCCCUUGAGGGUCCCUCUGCCUCUACCAAAAGACAAGGAUGUGAGUUCGACUCAGCCAACUCUCCUGAGUGCUGGGGCGACUUCUCGCUCUCUACCAACUGGUAUGAGGAAGCCCCCGACACGGGUGUUGUUCGCGAGUACUGGUUCAAUGUCCACGACACUACUAUGGCCCUUGAUGGAGUCUCGCGUCCCGUCGUUGCUAUCAACGGUUCUAUCCCCGGUCCGACCAUCACUGCGGACUGGGGUGAUACGGUUGUCGUUCAUGUCAGCAACUCUGCUACCAACGGAACCAGUAUUCACUGGCAUGGACUCCGUCAAAACCAUACAUCAGAAGAUGACGGCGUUGCUUCCAUCACUCAGUGUCCGAUUGCCCCUGGUGACUCAUUAACCUACACAUGGAAAGCUACACAGUACGGAACCACCUGGUACCACAGCCACUACUCACUACAGGCAUGGAACGGUGUCUUUGGGGGCAUCAUCAUCAACGGUCCCGCAUCUUCAGCCUAUGAUGAGGACAAGGGAAUUAUGAUGCUCAGUGACUGGUUUCACGUGCCUGUCGAGGAGCUCUACGUCCAGGCUUCCACUGGUGGACCGCCCCAGGCUAACAAUGGUCUGAUCAACGGGGUCAACGUCUACUCAGAUGGCGGAGGCUCCCGCUACGGGACCACCUUCGAGGCUGGCAAGUCUUACCGAUUCCGCCUGGUCAACAGUGCUAUAGACACCAUGUUCCGCUUCAUGAUCGACAAUCACACCUUGACAGUCAUCUCGUCCGACCUUGUCCCCAUUACUCCCUACGAGACUACAACAAUAAACGUCGGAAUCGGUCAACGCUACGAUGUUGUCGUGACGGCCAAUCAAGAUGCCAAGAACUACUGGAUGCGCUCCAUCCCUCAGACUUCCUGCUCCUCCAACGAAAUGACUCUGGACAUCAAGGGUAUCAUCACCUACGAUGGUGUUGAUGUCGCGGACCCCGAUACGAGUAUGUGGGACUACGUCGAUAGCUGUGACGACGAAACCCUGAACCUGGCGCCGUUCCUGUCCCUCGACGCCGGCAACUCCGACACUGAGAAUAUCUUCGACAUCGGACUGUCAGCGCCCAACGGUCUUUUCGUCUGGACCAUCAACGACAACGCCUUCCUCUCCGACUGGGGCUCGCCUACUCUGAAACAGGUACUCGACGGUAGUUCGGACUUCGAAACCGAGCAGCAGGUCGUCCAACUCAACGAACAAAAUGACUGGGUCUACUUCAUCAUCGAGUCCCAGAUCGGCCUCGCGCACCCUGUUCACUUGCACGGCCACGAUUUCUUUGUCCUGGCCCAGGAAGCAGCCAGUACCUACAGCGACUCCACCCCGCUGAACCUGGUCAACCCUCCCCGACGAGAUGUCGCUAUGCUUCCGGCUGCAGGAUUCCUGGUGAUUGCGUUCCAGUCGGACAAUCCCGGUGUGUGGCUUAUGCACUGCCAUAUUGGCUGGCACACAGCCCAAGGCUUCGCCUUGCAGCUCGUGGAGCGGCUCUCCGAGAUCUCGGCGACUGCCAACACCGAUGUCGUUGACCAGACUUGCUCCAAUUGGUCCGAUUAUGCCGUAACUUCGGGCCUCGUGCAGGAAGACUCGGGCGUCUAGACAAUGACGGCCACACUCGACCAAACUGAUUCAUUCAUUUACACCCUCGCACGAUUAUCCACAAUAACGACGAACACGAUGAUACAACGCAACGAAACACGACGAUUCGAUACUCUUUCUGUACUUUUUCCGGUCCGUAUUUUCACUGUCAUUCUUUCCACGACACAAAUGGAUAUCAAGUUCUCCCCGCCGGAACGAACAUCUUGGCCACGGCCGGGUCAGGUGCCAACCCAGCCACGAAUGGGCAAUUGAUCAGAGGUUUUGGAAUGUAUAUACCAAGGAUGACAGUACUAACUCCACUUAUGAUCGUAUAUAUUUGGAAAUGUUUAAUAUUUAGUUUCCUUAAUGUAUGUAUAGUCUUACUUAUGAGUGGUGAGGCAUGCCGGGGGGAAUAUAUAUAGAGGCAGCCUUGGGACUUAUAAAUUUUAUUACUUUCAC